AGAGCGGGUACAGAGUUGAACAACAAGGGAAACUCGUCAUCGAAGAAAAGUUGCAUCACCAGUCACCAUCUCCCAGUUUUUUUUUUUUUUUUUUUUUAUUAUUUAUUUCUAUUGAUAUGCAGUAUUUUGUUACACUGUUAAAUAACACAAUCCACUCCAGCACGAGAUCCAACUUGAUCCGAGAUCGCGCAAUGGUGAAGCAACCAGACCGAGCUCCACUGCUGGAAUGGGAGGAAAUCCCUGCCGACACACCGGCAUCAGCACCGCCACCGGAGAGGGGAUCCGAAUCGAGCCCUGCAAACUGCAGAGCACUGGGGAGUACUGCGCCGGGGACUGGCUGGAGCACGAGCCCCGGAGGUCCAGCUGUAUUUUCAUCAGCAGCUGUCAGUGGGGAGGCAGAUUCUGCUGCUGCGGCCAGCACAGAGACGGUGAGAGUGGGGCCGUGCUGGGAUGCACACAGUCCCGUGAAUGGGGAGUACAGACUCUCAGGCUGGGAGACGGGAAUCCCAGAAAAGUCGCUUGCGACAAGUGUACGAGAGUGGGAGGAAAAGGACCAAAUCGUGGCUGUUUUUAUUGUAACAUUUGAUACCAGAUCUGGUAACAUAGUGGAAUGGUGUUUGCCUCAGGAAGUUGACUUGGACGGAGUAGAGUUUAAGUCUAUGGCCAGUGGAUCCCAUAGAAUCUCUUCAGACUUUGUCUAUUUCCGCAAAGGCAGUUACUUUGGGCUUGCGUGCUUCGCGAACAUGCCGGUGGAGAGUGCGCUGGAAAGAGGAGCUCGGAUGAAGUCUGUGGGGAUUCUGUCUCCUUCCUACACCCUGCUGUACAGAUACAUGCACUUCCUUGAGAACCAAGUCAGGCAUCAGCUGGAGUCUCCGGGGCACUACACUCAGUUAGAGGCUUUUUAUGAAGACAAGAAGGGUGUUCUGCCCAUUGGGAAUGGAGCAGCUACCUCCCUCCAGCCAGUCCACUGGCUGCCUUCCAUCAACAAAUGCAUGCAUCCUGAAAUGAAGAUCACACACCCGGCCGGCUGCAUGUCCCAGUUCAUUAAGUUCUUCGGGGAGCAGAUCAUCGUCCUGUGGAAAUUUGCCCUGCUCCGGAAACGCAUCCUCAUCUUCUCUCCUCCUCCUGUGGGGGUCGUCUGUUACAGGGUGUACUGCUGCUGCUGUCUGGCGAAUGUGUCCCUUCCUGGAAUCGGGGUCUCUGUGCCAGAGUUUCGGCCGUUCUUCUACAUCAAUGUGGCUGACAUCGAAGUGCUGGAGACUGAGGUCUCGUAUGUAGCCUGUACAACAGAGAAGAUUUUUGAGGAGAAAAAGAGUCUGUAUGAUGUCUAUGUGGACAAUCAGAAUGUAAGAACGCGUCAUGAGAACCUGCAGCCGCUGCUGAGGAUAAAUGGUGCCGACCGAGACAAGUAUCGCAAACUCAGCGAACAAAGGCAGAUGCUGCUCUACUCCCAGGAAGCAGACCGGGACUGUAGCUCCAAUGAAGAGGACCUCUUCAUUCUGUUUUUCAUGGAGCAGAACAACCGGAUAUUCCAGAUGCUGUCGGAGGUAUCGGCCAGCCAGGACAAGACACUGACGGAGGAGCAUGUGCGGGGGAUGGGGCUGGACCCCCAGGGAGACCGCAGCUUCCUCAUCGACCUGCUGGAGGUGUACGGCAUAGACGUCAUGCUUGUCAUAGACAACCCCUGCUGCUCCUGAGCUGAGGGUCUGUCCACCUGUGUGCCUCUGUGUGACUGCGGCUGAGUGUCUGGGACCUGUAUCCACAACUACUGGAUAUACAGUAGUGUUCACAUGUAUUAGAACACCCCAUUGCUUGUGUUUUUUUUAUUUGUUGUGCAUAUGAAAUCAAACCACUGUAACUGAACAGCUUGAAAAUUGUCAAAAUAGACAAAUUAGUGAUUGUAUAAUUUAAUCGAUGACUGUAAUAGGACACACAUGCAAUUAAUUUAUAAUAGUAAGAACACAUAGCCACAAAUGGUAAAAUGCAUGAGACUUUUUAGAAGUUGUUUAAUAUGUCUAAUUAAAGCACAAAGCGGUCGAACAUUUUCACACGCAUGCCUGUUGUUCUAUAUCACUAACAGAAAAGUGAAAUGCUCACAUCCGGAGGUUUUCUUGCAGGUACAUAUAUAAAAGGAUAUAAAUGACAAACCGUGAGGUGUUCUAAUACAUUUGCACACAAAAAAAAACAAAGGUCUAGAAGAUGGUACAUUUGCCUACAAGUGACGACCAAAAAUAAAAUAUUUGCUAUGAAAGUUGUUUCAACUCUAAUGGAGUAACUAGGCUUACAUUUGUAGAAAUGAUCUAUUACAACGUUCUUAUUUCUUUCAUGUGUAUCGAAUCCUAUGCAGGCACUUUUUUGGGGUAAUUUGUGUAAUGCGAACGUCAUCGUUAAACAACUCCAUUGCUAGAUGCGAUACAUCUCUAAAUAUGAUAUUGUUUAAAAAAUGGUGCAAAGCAGGAAAAGUUAGCAAAAUUCCACAGAAAAAACAGACUAUUCCAUUACUUAAAGUAAACCCUAUCGUUCCAUCAGAGGUUAAAAUAAAUUCCACAAUAAAUAUUUCAUUUAUGGAUGUCACCUGUAGGAAAGAUUCCUAUCUUCCACAAUUUUCCUUUCUGGGAAAGUCAGGACCAUAUAGUCACUUCUGGGGUUUCUUCAAAACAAUCUUGAAAAAGUAAAUAAAUAAAUUGACCAUGAAAACCCUGAACCCGUGAUCUGGGUUGUCUGCAGUAAUGCUGCAUGGAGGUCAUUCUGACUGCCAGCACUGUACUAUUCAACCCCCUUUGACUCCGUCACAAAAUGUGAUGUGUACCGACUUUGUAAAAUACCUUGUACAAGCAGCACGCAAAAGCUGUAAAGUAGCUUGGGGAGACGUUUGUUGGAACAGGCUUUUGUGAAUAUGUGUAAGGGGAAAACAUUUAUUUAAUGUUAUAAAAAAAAAAAAAUCUAUAUAUUUAUUUAUUGAUGUUCUCACUGUGGGGAAGUGGUGUUGUCAGCUGAUCUGGCCACUGAAGUGAAAAUCAUUGCUGCUGUGUGAUUGUUAUCUUUAUGUAUUUUUAAUUUUAGCCAGCUGGAGGGUGUGUGUGGAGUGAUGUUGUUCUUUUAUACACGUUCAUUGGGUUUUACUAGCUGGCUGAUUUAAGGUUCAUUGUUUUUGCUGUUUAUUUUGGAGGAGUGCACAAAAUACCGUGAUAAAUCACUCAACUCUUGGACAGAUUUUUUUUUAAACUCUUGGACUGUUUUGCAUAGAUUAGGGUCUUUCCGCUGAACUUGGUUGACACCCAGCUUGUCUGCUUAGUGCGAGAUGUCUCCAUUCCUGCUACAUUCAAAUCAGGCUGUGUUUCAGGUGGUCAGAAACAAAUAAAUGAAAUAUAAUCAUGUGAAGCAGCAAAGCCUCUGCCAUUAGCACCAACGUGUUACACAAUGAGCGGUCUUAAUGAUGGUUCAUAAACAUGUUACUCUAAGAGGAGCUGCCUGUAUGAAGGUAUUCUGUGUGAAAGUAAAUAACAAAAACAAGAACCCUGUGACUGACCACUUACUGCAGUGAAUUUGCAACCUUUAUUGACUG